CCACAUUUCUUAGGAAGAGGAAAACAAACACAGAAAGGGAAAAAGAAAAGUCAAAUUCAUUUCAUUUUUUAUCUUUUCAACCGGUGCUCACUGCUGAAGAAUCAGACUGGAAUUGGAAAUACAAACUUCCCUCUUUUCCCGUCAAUCAGUCAAAUCUUCUUUGACGCUCCAUAAAAGGAACGCAUCGCACCGCACCGCAAAGGCGCUUCAAUAGCUCUUGGAAAAAUGGCGUCUUCUUCAUCAUCAUCAUCAGCGUCGUCGUCAGCUCUGAAAAGACUAUCGAAUCUCAGCAACCAUCUUCGCCCAACGAACUCAAACGCUUUAGUCAAAGUAUCUGCAGAAGUCUCUGAGGCUUUGUCAAGUGGCCACCCUGUUGUUGCUCUUGAGUCCACCAUCAUUUCCCACGGAAUGCCAUAUCCUCAGAAUUUUGAAACAGCCAAGGAGGUGGAGGCGAUUGUGAGGGACAAUGGAGCUGUUCCUGCUACCAUUGCUAUUCUUGAUGGCAUACCGUGCGCAGGUUUGAAUUUGGAACAACUGGAAAGGCUUGCCCAACUGGGAAAAAGUGCUCAAAAGACAGCUCGGAGGGACAUUGCACAUGUUGUGGCCACCAAGAGGAAUGGCGCAACCACUGUUUCUGCAACCAUGUUUUUUGCUGCCAUGGUUGGUAUCCCUGUUUUUGUUACUGGGGGAAUUGGGGGAGUUCAUAGACAUGGCGAGCAUACUAUGGAUAUAUCCUCUGAUCUCACGGAGCUUGGAAGGACACCAGUAGCAGUCAUCUCUGCUGGUGUAAAAUCGAUAUUAGAUAUUCCAAGGACACUGGAAUAUUUGGAAACUCAGGGAGUUUGUGUUGGUGCUUAUAAGACCAAUGAGUUUCCAGCUUUUUUCACUGAAACAAGUGGCUGCAAGGUACCUUGUCGUGUGGAUAGCCCAGAAGACUGUGCACGGUUAAUUGAUGCUAACAGGAAACUUAAUCUCGGAAAUGGAGUACUAAUUGCGGUUCCCAUCCCAAAAGAACACUCAGCUUCUGGAAGCUUAAUAGAGUCUGCAAUACAACGUGCCCUUACAGAAGCUAGAGAAAAGAACGUAACAGGGAAUGCUGAGACUCCUUUCUUGCUUGCAAGAGUUGGUGAAUUAACUGGAGGAGCAUCACUUGCUUCAAACAUUGCACUUGUAAAAAACAAUGCUGCUGUUGGUGCUAAGAUAUCUGUAGCCCUGGCCCAGCUCACAUAACACCAUAUAGAGGAACCAGCAUGGAAUAGGAGAUUUUGUUGGCAAAUGAAUGCCGAUCAACUUCCUUCACUUUUCAUUUAUAUAGUGGGCAAAGCUAUGGACAGAUUUGAAGUAUGGAACUGUGGUCUAGACAACUUUCCUCGUGCAACAGAGUAGUUGAUGCCGACACACUAAAAUGGGACUAGUUAAAACACAUGUUAAAGAGCUGGAGCGACCCUUUAUUUAUCUUUUCUUUCUUUUGGGGGGUGGGGGUGUUUCCUUAGCUGGAUUCACUUCAAAAACAAAAAAUCCAAGCCCUGUUGCUAGAAUCUUUCCCGCAGAACAAAGAUGUUAAAAUGAAUAGAACAAAGUCAUUGUCGGUAUGGUUAGUUGGUUUGUCAAAGAUGCUGGAAUUUUACA